CCAAACGAACAAGGAGAUGGCCGACAACCUGGUUUCCAAGCUGCUGGAGAUGCUGUUCCAAAUGGCAAAGGAUGAGUUAACGAUGCAGAUGGGUUUGACCGUCGAUGUGAAUAAGCUUCAGCUGAACCUCGAAAAACUUCAGUGCUUUCUCAAAGACGCUGAGAAGAAGAGAAUCGAGGAUGCUUCCACAAAUCUAUGGCUCAAGCAAAGCAAGGAUGUCAUGUACGACAUCGAGGAUGUGCUCGACGAGUAUCAUGCCCUCCACCUCUCAAGAAGCGGCGCCCACGACAAUUCUGGUUCUUCGUCGACUCCGACCCAUCGCCGACCAUAUAAAGAGGUAUGCCGCUCUAUCCGGCUUCACUUCAAGAAGCCCGUAUCCAAACAUAACAUUGGCGUCCAGAUUGCAGAGCUUAAUAAAAGGUUGACAGAAAUCAUGGGCGAAAUACCCAGAUUAAAGUUAUUAAGAAGCUUCCCAACCAUUGAUCCUAACCAAGCAGCACACAAUCAGUUGGCGGCUCGCAUGACACGUCCUUCGGUGGUUCCUACAGAUAUAGUAGGCCCUUACAUACAUAAUGAUGUUCGGUGCUUAGUUGAGACGUUGACUGAACAGGAUGACCGUGACAAUCCUCUUGUGUGCGCCAUCGUUGGGAUGGGAGGGAUUGGCAAAACCACCCGAGCUGAAUUAGUAUUUGAUGAUCCCACGAUCAAAAACUGCUUUGACCAAAUGGUCUGGGUCCGUGUGUCCCAGAGUUAUGAUGUUCUUGAUAUAUUGAGAAGCAUCAUCAGUUCAGCUGGUGGAGACGAUAAGCAAUGUCACGAUCCAAACUUGCUCAGUGAGAAGGUUAUGGUUAGCCUGCAAGGCAAAAGGCUAUUUAUGGUGUUGGAUGACUUGUGGGAGACUGAGAAACUGUGGAAGGGCGUGUUGAGAAGCUUGCUCAAGAGCGCCGCCGCAAAAGGGAGCAGGGUGCUCGUCACCACGAGAAACAUGAAGGUAGCGCAUCAGAUGAUGGCAAUACAUGCCGUUCAAGUGGAGCCCCUCCCUCUGGAAGAUGGAUGGUCGCUGCUCUGCAAGUCAGCUUUCCCUGUUUGGCAGCAGCAGGAAGCAAAGGAUGAUGUAUGGAACCUCAGAGAUAUUGGAAUGAAACUUGUCAAAAAAUGUGAUGGACUGCCGCUAGCGAUUAAUAUCAUAGGUGGAAUGCUGUCCGCGGUGAGCAGAACAAAAAAAGCCUGGAAGUUGGUUCUCAAGAGCAGCGCGUGGGAGGUGAAUGGGCUUCCUGAGGAAAUCCACUCGGCUUUAUAUAUAAGUUACCAAAACUUACCUUCGAAUAUCAAGCAAUGUUUCUUGUAUUGUUCCUUGUUUCCUAACAACGAUUGUUUUAGUUCUGCGGAAGCUAAAAAGCUUUGGAUCCAUGAAGGGCUCAUCAAAGAUGACACGUACGCAGAGUUGCUUGGGGUUGCAGGUAGUUAUAUUUCGAUACUAUUACAGAGAAACCUCUUAAUGGUCAAGCCACGCGGCGUAACUUCCCUUCCCAUCUCGCUUAGCAUGCAUGACCUUGUUUACUCGCUCACUCAGUUUCUAAUGCAAAAUGAGAGCCUUGUAGCUACCGGGGAAGAAAGUUUAAACAAUAUAUUCAUUGGAAGGACGAUGAAGCUACGGCGUCUUUCUUUUGUUGGUGGCGGCGUCAAAACUAUGAACAACCUCCCAAAAAACCUAAAAGAACAAGUAUCAUUGAGGACUCUUCUCAUCUUUGAUAAGUCGAUUUGUGAAAUUGAUAAAGACCUUUUCAAUCAUCUUCCUCGUCUAAGGACACUAAGGCUUGAAAACACUAAUGUUUCAAGCUUGCCUGACUCCCUGGGUUCCCUUAAGCUCCUCAGAUACCUAAACCUGUCAAACACUCCUAUAAGGGAGCUGCCUAAAACCAUCAAAAAGCUCAAAAGUCUGAGGAGUCUUGAUGUUUCUAAUUGUGUGAACCUCUGUAAUCUUCCCUCAGGCGUAACGAAGUUGCACUGCAUAUGUUCUCUUCUUACUAAAGGUUCUGGUUUGACCCAUAUUCCACCUGGAUUGGGAAGGUUGAACAAACUACAGUAUCUCGACUUCAUUAUGCCUUCGGAGGAAGCUACGCCGAAAUCAUCUACUAUUCAGGAGUUGGGGACACUCACGGAACUGAGAGAAUUAGGUUUGUGCAAGCUGGAAAGGAUGUUGGACAGGUCACAAGCAAAAAGUGCUAAUCUCAAAGACAAAAAUCACCUUCGAACUCUCAAAUUGUGUUGCUCAAAAAGUGAUUCUAAUCAAGUGUUGAUGAAUAAUACACAAGCGAAAGAAGUUGCCGAUAAAAUCGUGGAGAUUUUUGAGGAUCUUUGUCCUCAUCCCGAACUAAACGCUCUUAUUUUUGAGAAUUAUUAUGGGAGCAAGCUACCAAAUUGGCUGGGAGAUGCUUCAUUUGAUUGUCUAUCAGUCUUGCAAAUCAUUGACUGUAACUAUUUUAAGCAGCUUAAUGGCUUAGGAUUGUUGCCCAGCUUGGAAGUACUUAACAUUAUAGGUGCAUCAUCAAUAAAGAGCAUUGGACCAGCAUUCUACACAGGCAACGACAAAAGCAAUAUAGAGAAUUGUACAUUCUUUCCGAGAAUGAAGGUGUUGAUGUUUUUGAAAAUGGAUAGCUGGGAGGAGUGGAUUGGUAGUUCGGGGAAAGCCAAGCGUAUGAUGCCUAAGUUGGAGGAGUUAAUAAUUGCUGAAUGCCCCAAACUCAAGUCAUUUCCCAGAGAACUCCUACAUCAUGCGGCUAAGUCUUUGAAAAAAAUAAGAAUAUACAAGACUAGAAAACUUCACCUGAAAGUGGUACACAAACUCCCUCGUUUGGAACUACUUGUCCUUCAAAACCUCCCCAAGCUGGAGAGAAUCUCUCGACUUCGAAAUCUUCAAGAUCUAUGCAUAGUGGACUGCCCGGGAAUUAAGUCUAUGAAGCUUGAGCAACAUUUGCGUUUCAUUAAGUGGGAUGAUUUCAAUACCGACUCACUUCCAGGAUGGUUUCCCACUGAUGAUGGAUAUGGCAACGAAAACAGAUUAAAAGCAAUUUUCUUAGGAAUUUCUUGCAAGGAGGAAUUGGUGAGCAAGAUAUGCCUCAAAGGGCAAAAUGAAGCUGAUGAGAUGUCUAAAAUAUUUCAACAUUUUGACAACAUCGCUGUCUGCAAUGAGGAACGUUUGAGGCUCAGCUACACCAAAAAUCCCAGGAACUUCAUCGUGCAUCCAGUUGAGGCACCAGAAAUAAUACAAAAAGUUGAGUAGAGGAGGAGGAGCAGACGACCACAAUUUUUAAACCCAAGCUGCUCAUUCAUAAAUCUUUCUUAUGUCUGCUCUAAUUUCUCUUUUAUGCACCCUUGAUGACUGUUAUUGAUUAACUUGAGGUUCACUUUUUAUUACGCCGAUAUGUAUU